ACCUAUCUCAGUCACUAAAGAGGGAAAAAAAAACCCCUUACUUCAAAUUUUUCAAAAUGGCUUAUUCUUCUUGUUCAUCUAGUCUGGUAAGAAUAUUGCUUACAUCCUUUAUAGGAAGCACUUUUGUAGUACUUGCAUCCGCUAGCAACUUCUAUCAAGAUGUCGACAUUACUUGGGGUGGCGAUGGCCGGGCAAAGAUACUCAACAAUGGUGGACUUCUCACUCUCUCACUUGAUAAAACCUCCGGCUCUGGCUUCCAAUCUAAAAGAGAGUACCUAUUUGGCAAAAUCGACAUGCAACUCAAACUUGUCGCUGGAAAUUCUGCUGGCACUGUCACAGCCUAUUACUUGUCAUCUCAAGGCCCGACUCAUGAUGAAAUAGACUUCGAAUUUUUGGGAAACCUUAGUGGUGACCCUUAUGUUCUUCACACAAAUGUGUACAGCCAAGGCAAGGGAAACAGAGAGCAGCAAUUCUACCUCUGGUUCGACCCAACUGCAGAUUUUCACACCUAUUCCAUCCUUUGGAAUCCACGGCGCAUCAUAUUUUCCGUGGAUGGCACACCUAUCAGGGAAUACAAGAAUCCUGAGUCUCUUGGUGUUCCAUACCCAAAGAGCCAACCGAUGAGGAUAUAUUCAAGCUUGUGGAAUGCAGAUGACUGGGCAACAAGAGGUGGACUUGUUAAAGCGGACUGGUCUAAAGCUCCAUUCACUGCCUCCUACAGAAACUUCAAUGAACAUGCUUGUAUUUGGUCGUCUGGAAAAUCUUCAUGCAAUUCAAACACUCCUUCAAACAAUGCAUGGCUGAAUCAAGAGUUGGAUGCAACUAGCCAAGAAAGGCUCAAGUGGGUGCAGAAGAAUUAUAUGAUUUACAACUAUUGCACUGAUUUAAAGCGCUUUCCUCAAGGCUUCCCCCCAGAAUGUGCUAUCAAUAAGUCCUCAUAGGAAAAGAAAUUUAGUACUAGUGCUCUUAUCAGUUUAAAGUUUUGUAAUUCUUUAAUUCUUUAUUUCCUAUUGGUUACCUGAACCAUUCAGAGUAAAGUACCACUUUGUUUCUGUAGCUAAUUCUUUUGGUAAUGAAAAGAAAUUUCUAAA